AUGGCUACCCAGAAUUCUGCUACAUCGUCGCGACCAGGCGGUCAGUUAAAAACGCCUAAAGGAACUCGCGAUUGGGUCAGCCGUGAUCUCCUGCUACGUGACCAUAUAUUCCGGACAAUCAGUACAGUCCUGGAGCGCCACGGCGGUGUUCCUCUCGACACGCCCGUCUUUGAAUUGCGCGACAUUCUUGCUGAAAAGUAUGGCGAGGACGCGCGGCUCAUUUACAAUCUGGAAGACCAGGGCGGCGAGGCCUGUUCUCUGCGCUACGACCUCACGGUUCCGUUUGCGCGGUGGCUGGCCAUGCGCACCGACGUGCAAAACAUCAAGCGCUACCAAAUCGCCAAGGUGUACCGGCGCGACCAGCCGGCCAUUACCCGGGGCCGCCUGCGCGAGUUUUACCAGUGCGACUUUGACAUCGCGGGGACGUACGAUGCGAUGAUCCCCGACGCCGAGAUCCUGCGCAUUGUGUCCGAGGUCUUCACAGCCUUUGGCAUGGGCGUCACGGUGAAGUUGAACCACCGCAAACUGCUGGACGGCAUGUUUGCCGUGGCGGGUGUGCCGGCCGACAAGAUUCGGGCGAUCAGUUCGGCUGUCGACAAGCUCGACAAAGCACCCUGGGCGGAGGUGAAGGCAGAGAUGCUCCAAAAGGGCCUGGACGAAGCGGUGGCCGACCGUUUGGGUCGCUACGUCCGGCGCAGUGGCAGUCUGCCGACCUUGCUCGACGAGCUGCGACUUGACACAAAACUGUGCGAGGUCGAGAGCGUCGCCGCAGGCAUGGCCGACUUGACGCGAUUUGCCUCCUACCUCGACGCUAUGAACGUGUUGGACACAGUGUCGUUUGAUCUGUCUCUCGCACGCGGGCUGGAUUACUAUACGGGGGUUAUUUACGAGGUAGUCCUGCCUGGUACCGAGGUCGGGAGCAUCGCUGCCGGCGGCCGCUACGACAAUUUGGUGGGCAUGUACGGCAAACGUCCCGUCCCCUGCGUCGGCAUCUCCUUUGGCGUCGACCGCAUCUUUACGCUUCUUGACGCGCAGCGCAACCAAAACAAGAAAAGCGGCCCAGAGCUUGCGCAUGAGGCUGAUGUGUACAUCGUGGCCUUUGGGGGAAAGGAGUUCGAUGGCCUCCUGGCCGACCGGAUGCGCGUCGCCAGCCAACUCUGGGAUGCCGGCAUCCGUGCCGAGUUUUGCCCAAAGUGA